UGUUGCAGUCAUGCGCUCACCGGCUGCAAUUCUUCGUCAGCAGUGCCCCAAGUCGAAUCUUUUCCGUUCUCGAGGGAAUGGGGAGUGGGUUCAUCGAUAUCUCCACAGCCUCCCCCGUCUUAACUCCCUCCGUCGCUUUUCUUCACCCGCAAGUACCCUUUUUCUCCUUGCUCGCGCCCUCGUCGUUUUCCCAACAACUCUUUCUGCCCCCUCCUAUUGAAGACUGGAAGGAGGAAGGAGGGGGAGAGUGACAGGGAGAAGGAAAGUGCGUUCUUUGCAUGACGAUAGCUUCCAAGUUCUUCUACUGCCGGAGGACGUCUGCCUCCAGCAGGAGCUCGGAGCAAGAGCUGGAUCGCGUCAACGCGGAUCGAGACCGCCGCCUUCGUCGUGACCGCCGCAGCAGCCACGAGGAGCGCCGGCCUGAUGGCCCUUCCCGCGCUCGGCAGCUCCUCCACCCCCGCUCCGACCGAACGCCACAUGAAUCGAUUGGACUGAACAAAAGCACUAGCGAACUUGAAGAAGGCAUUAGCAGGAAUCAUCGGUAUGCAUCCGGUAGAGUUGUUCGGUCGUCGAGAGUGCUUGGAGAUGAGUUCCAUGAUCAUCUUCCUGAUUCUGUCCUGGAAGCUAGAACUCGACUUCAAGAGAGACUGAAAGGUGUUCAUCUAACGGGGAGCAGGCAAGAGAGCCGAGCCGCAGACAUCUCUGAUCGCCCUCCUGCUGAAGUAUCGAACGUGAGUAAAUGCAAUCACUGGAAAACUGCAACCGCCUCCGAUCAGCUGAAAUCCGGUGAUCCAGCUGCUGAAAUUAUAUUUCAAGCAGAGCAGGUAUCAUCUUCCGGUGAUAUAAACAAAAAGCCAUGUGUACUCGGUCAUCGUCUGAAGGAUGAGCUGUUCAUCGACACAGACGGCGAUGGAAUUCCUAAAGGGUUACUCGAGUGUUCUAUAUGUCUGGAGAAGUUCUCGGAGGGGGAAGGAGUGAUCCGACUGCCGUGCGGGCAUAUGUAUCAUCAUGCUUGCUUAGAACCAUGGAUGCAGGCUCAUCAGCUUUGCCCAUAUUGUCGAGCAAGUGUCGUAGGCUGACCAUAGAACAGAAGUCAAACUUUUUUUAUCAUCCAAAGUGUACGCUUGUCUGUUGUCUUAAAUAAUAAUAAUAGUGUAGUGUA